AUGGCACAAUUAGUUUGUAUUGACAUUGAUGGAACAUUGAUGGACACAUCAAAUCCUGAACACUUUUAUAUUCCACAAGAUAACAUUAAUACUAUUCAAAAAGCACUUAAGAAAGGAAUUCAUGUUUGUAUUUCAACAGGAAGAAUGAGAAAUAGUGCGAUGAAAGUUGCAGAACAAGCUGGAAUACAAAAUGAAUACUUAAUUUGUUACAAUGGUGCAAUGAUAUGUCAUGGGAAUGAAACAAUCUUUGAGAGUGAAAUUAAUAAAGAACAACUGGAAAAAAUCAAUAAAAUUAUUAAAGAAAACAAUAUCUAUGCACAAUUCUAUAUCAGAGAUGAAUAUUUUGUAGAAAGAAAAAUAGACCUAACUGAAUCUUAUGAAAAGAAAAUUGGUAUCAAAGCACAAGAAAUAGGAGAGAAUGUUUUUCAUCUAAAUAAAGUAACUAAAAUAUUAUCAAUUGCUCAUUCUAAAGAUGAAAAGAUAAAAUGGAUGCAAUUAUUCACUGACAUUGAUGGUAUUGUUGUUACAGAAUCACAAUCCACAUUCAUCGAAAUCACUAGGAUGAUGCAACAAAAGGACAUGCUGUCAAACACUAGCUCAAUACUUAAUAUUAACUUAAAAAAUGUCAUGGCUAUUGGAGAUGCUAUGAACGAUAUUCCAAUGCUUGAUGUUGCAGGAUAUCCUGUAGUUAUGGGUCAAGCAGAGGAUAGAGUAAAAGAAGGUAGAUACAUCAGAAAUAUGCUUUACGAAACUCUCAUUAAUGAAUACAUAAAUAAACAAACAUUAAUCAAUUCAUGCCAACAAUGA